CACCACUUGGUCAGCGUGGCACUAAAGCUGAUUUUGUAAAAUAUAAUUUGAAAAAUAAGUAUCCCGAUCAAUUUGCGCCCUUUUCAAUAGCCUUAAAUGAAACUUUUGAUGGAGAUUAUAAUGGAACAAUAUUUCGAUAUCCUCUUCGAAAUGAUAGGGAUGCUGCAGAAUCAAAAAUUUCGUCAAAACAAUACAAAACUGAACAAGUCGAAAUGAUGUUCAAAACUUUCUUUCAAUUUGAUAAUAUCUCUUGUCUUUUGUUUUUAAAAUAUAUCGAAACGAUAUCAUUUUACGAGCUCAAAAAAGGCAGUGAAAUUCCUGAACUCAUGUAUAAAAUUGAAGUUACUAAUGCAAGGAGUAUAUUAAAUAGUAGAAAUUUAUUGGCCAAUAAUAUAAAGAAUAAAAUAAAAUCUGAAAUUACUUAUCAAAUGGAGUUUCGUCAAA